UGCCUUUCCCUUCUCUUUCCUCUCUCUGUGUCUGCCUGAAACAAAAGCCCAACUUGAGCAUUGUAGAUGAAACUCUCUCUCUCUCUCUCUCUGCGCUGCGUACACACUUUGUGGACUCCUCCUCAGCAUAUACAAUUCCAAUUUCCAGUUGGUUUGUCCCGAACCAGACGUCUUCUUCUUCUUCUUCUUCUUCUUCUUCUUCUUCAUCUUCUGCUACUGGGUCUGUUUUGUUUUCCAAGACAGAGAGAAAAAGUGCUGUGAACAGAGAUAUCUUCAGGGGCAGGAAAGCAGCAGUGGGGGGGCACACAUGGCUUCUUCCUCCACCAAAUCUUUGUUCCUCCUUUGAUUGCUUUAACAGUGAUCAGGCGCGAACCAUUUACAGGAGGAAUUAAGCGGUCAGAUGUGCGCUAUGUGUCAUUCUUGCGGUUCGGAGCUUGUAAAGUUGGAGAAUGGUGAGAAAGUUACACAUGACAGGAGUGUCUUGAAAUUGGAUGGUGGGACCAGCCUUUUCUCUUGUAAAGUUUGUGGAGAGACACAGUUGAGUCCUCAAAUGACUCCGAUGAUCAGCCCAACAAGUUCCUUGUCGAGCAGUGACAGCUCUGUCUCAAGUAGCAGUGAAUUUUCGGUGGAUGUGAACUCAUACUAUAGAAACAACCAAGAAGAGCACUCUGUGUCUAGUAGCCAUGGAGACUCCAAUUGGAGUUGUGUGAAUGGACAAUUGGACAGUAAUUUGAUGUAUAAUAGGCGUGAGGAUUCCAAUCAUAAUCCAGACAUAGAUCGUAGAAAUUUCGAGAAAAAUGGUGAAUUUGUUGAGGAAGUGGCCGACAAUUCUCGUUAUUUCAACGAUGGAAUGGGCGGCCUGAUGUGGGACCCGCCUGAGCCAGAAGAUGUUGAGGAUGAUGUGGAGGGCAGUAUGACUUAUGAUGAUGAUGACGAUGAAGGCUGUGGGGAUGGCAUGAACUGGGGCAAGCCGAGCUCUUUGAGCACUUCAACCGAUGAAGGGAGCGGGAGCUAUUGGUUCAAGGAGCAGAAGCAGAGGGCACUGCAGGAGGUGGUUAAUGGGAAGUUCAGGGCUCUAGUGACCCAACUUCUUAGGUCAAUCGGUAUUGCUUCUUCUACAGAAGAUGGGGAGAGCUGGGUUGAUAUCAUAACUUCGCUUUCCUGGGAGGCCGCCUCAUUUCUAAGACCGGAUGCUGUUGAUGGGAAAGGAAUGGGUUUGGAUGGGCACGUUAAGGUCAAGUGUAUUGCGACUGGGACUCGGAGCCAAAGUCAAGUGAUCCGAGGCUUGGUUUUUAAGAAGCAUGCAGCUCACAAACACAUGCCUACUAGAUACAAGAAUCCGAAGCUGCUCUUACUACGUGGCGUGCUCGGUCAAUCUUCCAAUGGGCUCUCCUCGUUUGAUACAAUGAAGCAUGAGGCUGAUCGUCUUAAGUCUGUGAUUGAGAUGAUAGAGAUGUGCCACCCGAAUGUAAUCUUGGUGGAAAAAUCUGUAUCUAGGGAUGUCCAGGAGUCUAUUCUUGCAAAAGGGAUGACUUUGGUGUUUGAUAUGAAGCUUCACCGAUUAGAGAGAAUUGCUCUUUGUACCGGUUCACCAAUCGUAUCAACCGAGACCUUCACAGUUCAGAAGCUAAAGCAGUGUGACUCCUUUUAUAUUGAGAAGUUCGUCGAAGAACACGCAGGUCCCAGUGAAGGGGGAAAGAAACCUACUAAGACAUUGAUGUUUCUUGAAGGCUGUCCUACACGCUUGGGCUGCACAAUUUUGCUGAAAGGAAGUCCCAGCGAUGAGCUGAAGAAGAUCAAGUCUGUUGUGCGGUGUUCUGUUCUAAUGGCGUACCAUCUGAUUCUCGAGACCUCGUUCCUUGUAGAUCAGAGGUCUAUGUUUUCUACUCUCUUCUUUCCAGGUACAGCUAAUUCACCGAAGGAUCUUAAGGCGCGAACGUCAAAAUCGAUUGAUCUAACCCCUCUUAAUGGGUUCGAGGAGGAAUCUUCUACCAUGGAUAUUCCCAUAUCCAAUGGUUUCCAUGAUGAAGUUUCCCAUCAACCAAACUCGGAUUCUCCCUCAUCCCAUGAACCAUAUAAUCCCAUUAUAUUCUCCGGAUUCUCGAGCCUCUCUGCCUCACUGAAGAAAGUCAUUGGAGACAGUUUCCCUCUUGCCUCCACCUACCCUUCCCUGUCUGCCUACUUUGGGAUAAACAAGAGCGAACCCAAUGCGCACAUAUUAGAUGCUGCAAAUUCAGAGGAAGCCGUCACAUCUGAGAUUGAAAUUAGUGAUAGCAACAAUGAGUCAAAUUUGGAGGCUGUGGCUUCCACUGAAGCCCCUGACACAGUUAGACCUGAAGAUGACCACGUCAAUGAAGAUACCGGAAGCAGGAAUGAGGUCAACUCAGUGCUAGACUGCCAAAGUAUUUUGGUCCUGAUGUCACGAAGGAAUGCCAUAAGAGGGACUGUGUGCGAGCAAAGCCAUUUCUCCCGUAUCACAUUUUAUCGGAACUUUGAUGUUCCGCUUGGCAAGUUUCUUCGGGACAAUAUACUAAAUCAGAAAACACAGUGCCAGUCAUGUGGUGAACUGCCCGAGGCCCACUUUUACUACUAUGCACAUCAUAACAAGCAGCUUACUAUACAAGUGAAGCGACUUCCUGGUGGCAAGCGCCUAGCAGGGGAAGGACAGGGGAAGAUUUGGAUGUGGGGCCGGUGUGGAAAAUGCGGACCGGGAAAUGGAACCCUGAAGUCGACGAAGAGGGUGUUGGUCUCAACUGCUGCACGCGGCCUGUCAUUCGGAAAGUUUCUCGAACUCAGCUUUUCCCAUCAUUCAUCAUCAGUGGGACUGUCGAGCUGUGGGCAUUCCUUUCAGAGGGACUUCCUCUACUUCUAUGGACUAGGGCCCAUGGCUGCAAUGUUCCGAUACUCUCCAGUGACAACUUACACUGUUUCUAUGCCUCCUCAAAUGCUGGAUUUCAACAAUCCAGUCAGACCGAAGUUACUCGUGAGAGAAUCCGACAAUGUAUACUCGAAAGGGAUGUUACUCUUCUCAGAAGUUGGGGAGUCACUUGACAAGAUAAGAUCGAAGUUCGAAGGCUCAACUCCACGUCCAGGAAUGCAGUUCUCCGAUAUCGAAGAGAUGUUGAAGCAAGAACGUGAUGAAUUUGAGUUCUCUCUCCAAAAUACAAUGAGGAACGUGACUCAAGGAAAGGCCGUUCACAAGCUCCUUCACUUGAAUCGGUUAUUGUGGGAGAUUGUACUUGAAUCAACCAUUUGGGAUCAGCGUAUUAAUUCCCUCCUCUACUCCGAUUUAACCUCCACGUCCAUGUCUAUGAGAUCUGCAGAAGAGCAAUCCAACUGGGGCCACCGAGAAAAUGAUGGGGAUUCCUGUACCAUCGAUGUGCCAAUCAAGGAGGGCCCUAUUGAAGAUCAUGCCCAAGAAGAUGUGAAUCGUUCCCUCAAUGAAGUUCCGAUUGAAGAUCAAAGGAGAGAAGAACAAGAUGAUUCAUCCAGCACGUCAACUGUGGCUGACAACAUUGAGAGUCAAGAGCUUGUUUCAAGAGCAGUAUCUCCGGAUCUUCAUCACAGUGAAUCCUCCGUAAGUUUAGGUCUAUUGAAGAGACUCGCUUCCCAGAGUUCACUUUUGCGCACCUUGAAGGGAUUGAACGGAUGGUUCUGGAGACCCUUCUCCGAAAUUCGUCAGAUCUACUUGGAGGAAAUUUGGGGAGGUUACUCCUCGAGAAUUGAACCUCUCAGUGGGAAAACCUCAGAAUACCUACCAAGAGUUCACCAGUUGAUCUCUGAGGAAGGUGCUAGGCUCCACAUUCCCCUUGAGAAUGGCAAUAACUAUAACUACAUAGUGUCAGACUAUGAGGGUGAGAUCUCGAGCAUUAUUGCUUGUGCCCUGGCCCUUUUGAAGGACCAACCGCCUGAACUUGAGGUUGCUACUGAUGAAAUGCAAAAUCUGGUUCGUGUUCCUUCUACAACUUCGACUUCUUCCGAGUCGGAACUGGUUAACUCUUCGUUUUCAGAUGAGUCCCGGUUAUCGAGCUUUGAUGGGUUGGUGCUGUUGGACUCUUUGCUUGCUUCUGAGAAAUGCAAGGCAGAGGUCUCUCUUGGGGUCACAAAAUCAAUGACAAAGGGGAAGUAUUCCGUGGUUUGUCUGUACGCAGACCAGUUCCGGGACCUCAGGAGCCGCUGCUGCCCAUCGGAGGUUGAUUUUAUUGCCUCACUGGCCCGGUGUAGGAACUGGGAUGCCAAGGGCGGGAAGAGCAAGUCAGUGUUUGCGAAGACCCUAGAUGACCGAUUCAUCAUAAAGGAGAUCAAGAAGACUGAGUUCGAGUCAUUUGAGAAGUUUGCCCCACAGUACUUCAAGCACAUGAUGCAGUGCUUUGAGAUUGGAAACCAGACCUGCCUUGCCAAAGUUCUCGGAAUCUAUCAGGUAACCAUAAGGCAGCCGAAAAGUGGGAAAGAAGUUCGGCAUGAUCUGAUGGUGAUGGAGAACCUUACUUGCGGUCGGAAUAUUACUCGACAGUAUGAUUUGAAAGGUGCCCUGCAUGAUCGGUUUAAUUCGGCCACUGAUGGGACAGGAGAUGUUCUGUUGGAUCAGAACUUUGUGAAUGACAUGAACUCAUCUCCACUCUACAUCAGCAACAAAGCGAAGCAUUUCUUGCAACGUGCUGUGUGGAACGACACUAGCUUCCUCAAUUUAAUUAAUGUGAUGGACUACUCGUUGCUGGUGGGGGUCGACAUUCAGAAGCGGGAGCUCGUAUGCGGGAUCAUAGACUAUCUCCGUCAAUACACUUGGGACAAGCAGCUCGAGACUUGGGUCAAGACCUCCUUAUAUGUCCCGAAGAACGUCUUGCCCACAGUAAUCUCCCCGAGAGAAUACAAGAAGAGAUUCCGCAAGUUCAUGUCCACCAAUUUCCUCUGCGUCCCUGAUAACUGGUGCUCCAGUUCUUGCGAGAUCUGCGCCCCUGCUGAUGAUGGUUCCUCCAACUCGAGAAAUCUCAAGAUCAAGGAGGUUUAAUCCGUUCUUUCAUGUCGCUUAUUCUUUUAAUCUUUACAUAUGAUUUAAUCUUAUUUUGGCAGUCAGUCCAUUUACUGUACAUAUAUAGUGGCGUUAUUGCUCUACUAUACGCUUAACCCGGUAAUUGUGCAAUUUUUAGCAAAUUUUCGGGCGGAUAGGUUCAUGCCUAUAGGCGUCUAUAUAUAUAUAUAUAUAUAUAUAUGUGAUGAGAUGCAUAUAUUUUUUUGGUGUCUCGUUGAGGAAAUGUAGAGCUCUGCGCGAUUGUAAACAAAAGUCCUUUUGUUCCAUUGUUUGGAAGUAUAUUCAAAAUGAUGAGUUGAAUUACUUCAUGUGGUGAUUGCUCUUCA